AUGAUGUUUUGGUUCGAAUACAUGCUCCUUCCCGCUCUCGGCUCCCGUCCCACCCUCCUCGUUAUGGACCUUUUCAGAUCCCACAGCACUCAAGAAAUCAAAGAUUGGCUACAAGCCAGCCAUGAACAGACUGCGAAGGAAACUGCAUGGAACGAGUUCCUGGCCGAUGCCAGGAACAAAGACAUCUUCACGGCUUUGCAGUUCACCAAACCUAGGAAAACUCAGAGAACACCUACCCUCACGGCCGGCAAUGACUCCUUCACCACAUUUGCUGAGAAAGCUCGCCUCUUCCGGAAGCCGACACCAAGGAAGGCACCCGGUCCUGACAAAAUACCCUUUCUCUGCCCGCAACAUGGUGACGGAGGCCGCGGUCACAACGCCUCUAACCCCCCGAGCUCCCCUUCCUCGUCCUCGUCUGAGGAUGACGCCUCUGGAAGCGAUAAGCGCAAGCGGAAGCCUCCGCGGCCUGAGCGUACCCCCCACAGGAAGGAGGGAGUCCGGAUCACUAUCGAGAAGCCCAAGCUCGAUAAACUGGAGAAGUUUUCGGGUCGAGACUCGAAGCCCACGUUCUCUGUGUGGUGUUCAAUAAUAGGCAACUAUUUUGACUAUUACAAAGGCACCUACCAGAACGAGGUCGACAAGAUCUCGUUCAUAGGCAGCCGCAUGCAAGGGAACGCGGAGGAGUGGUUUGAGGGAAGGGUCGCGCAUCUGCACAAAAACAAGCUGACCGACAACUGUGAGGCUUUCACCCACGUGUUGGAGGCCCGUUUCCAGAGCCGCUCUGAGGAGCGUGAUGCCCUCAAGAAACUGGACAAAAUAGAGUACGAUGGCAACAUUGACCUCUACAUUAACCGCAUGGAGAUCGUGAACGCGAGAGCCAACCUUGCCGGAGUUAUCUGGCAGGAGAAGCUCAAGGCGGGGGCUCUUCAAGCCUAUGCGGUCGAAGCUUUCCAAUGUGGGACGCCUUCCCAUGCUCGCUGGUGCCUCCAGUCCCUAGAAAAUCGGAAAUGGAGGACCAGUCACGGCUACUUCAACAGCUACCUAAGCAAGUUCCCCACCAACGACGUCGAAGACAGUGGCUGCUACUGUCCUAUUCCCUUUGGUACCGAAAUUCCUCACGGGUACCAUCUACGAUCAGAGAUUCCCUCAUUUCUGACGUCGCUUCUCCAAUCCUACGAGGAGCAAUACCUGCAGGUCAAGCUCGCAUCCAACCAAUUUGCGGGCCAAGUGGCUACGGCACCGAAGGCCGCAAAGGAGGUCGAUCAAGAAAACUUCAAGCUGCUUGCGCAGGAAGCCGAACGGCAGGCAACCGAGAACCAAGAGGCCGUGGCGUUUGUGAAGCAAUUCGCGGGCCAGAAAGACCACUACCGGGAAGGGAAAAGGUGUUGA